AUGAUGCCAGCCCUGCCUGUCGCACCCUGCUGGCAGGGCCCUGUAUUUAAGUGGUGCCCAAGGCGGGCCCUGACACCCUGGGUGCUGUGCGAGGACAACGCUGGGGCUGCAGUGCUGUCGGUCGGCUUGGGGCUGUGAGAAGAUGUCAUCCCCACACCCAGGGCCACAUGGAGGGCCACCGCCGCCACAUCCCGGGCCUGGACACCCACCUGCAUCGCACGGUCCUCCAGGGCAUCCUCACCCACCUGGGCACCACCCGCCUGGGCACCACCCGCCAGGCCCUCACCCCCACGGCCACCCCCACGGCCACCCCCACUAGGCUCUGAGCCCUGGCAGCAGCCACCCCUGGCAUGGGUCCGUCUCUGUCCAUUGGCUGCCCCAGAGCUCCACUGCUGCCGGGGUCUCCCUUGGGCCCACGCACCAACUGCGGCAGCGCCUCUGCUGCAAACAGAAGCUUGCACUUGGGUUGAGGUUUGCAAUAAAAGUCCGCCUCUGUGGUCGCUGUGUCCGGCGGAGGGUCUCUGUGCUGUGUCCCGCGGCCGUGCGGACAGCAGCACACCCGCAGGGGACGGCCGCUGCUCCUCCAGGCGCGAGGAGACGGACGGAGCGACGGGGUUACGGCUCCCGGCACACGGACAGCCCUUCGGCGAGGCUCUGCGAGGGCACGGCCCGCGAUGGGCACCGUCACCUCAGUUAUACGCAGAGAACGGAGCGGCUGUGGCUAAGGCUGCGCCAGCCCCUGCGCUCUGCCCCCAUUCCUUGUCUGGGAGCGCUGCGCACCUCCACUGCUACUCAUUGCCUCAGCGCGGACAGAGCUGCGGCACUGCCACGUACCGGCAGCCCUGCUGCUGACUGCGCGGCAUGUGGUUGCUCACAACGGCGGCUUUCUCUGCACCAGCCGCCACGGCCGCCAUGGGUCGGCAGGAGCACGACUGCGUGCCACUGCGCACAGCUCAGCCCGCUGUCAGGACGCCCCUGCCUCCGUUUGCCAUUGGCGCCGGGCGCUGCGUCACGGGUGAGGCUCCACGCCUCCGGGCAUAAGAAGGCCGUCAGCGGUCGGGCUGCAGCCGCAGCGCUGAACAUCGCUUAGGGAGGGAGUGCCAGGCAGCAGAGCUGAGACGCAGCCCAACCACAGUGAGACCUGGGAGAGGUGCUGCAGUUCCAUGGCCUGGAGCUGUGUAGCAUCUCUGAGCCAGGGCACAGGCCCCAUCCCGGGCACAAACUGGUGCUCUGAGCCCAUUUCUGGACUGUGCUGUGACCAUGUCUGAGCUGGAGAAGGCCAUGAUUGCCAUCAUUGAUGCCUUCCAACAGUACUCCGGGAAGGAAGGAGACAAGCAUAACCUGAAGAAAUCGGAGCUGAAGGAGCUCAUUAACAAUGAAUUAACCCAUUUUCUUGGUGAGAUCAAAGACCAGGAAACUGUGGACAAAGUCAUGGAGGCGCUGGACAGUGAUGGUGACGCAGAGUGUGACUUCCAGGAGUUUGUGGCCUUCAUCGCCAUGGUUACCUCUGCUUGCCAUGAGUUCUUUGAGCAUGAGUGAGAUGGUGAGAAGCAGCUGAGCAGCUCCCACUCACUCUGGAGAGAUACAAAGCGGUACCACUCCUGUUGGGAAAAGACUGGAUGCACUUGAUGGCUCCAUGAAGUUAAGCUUGUGCUACUUAAGCAGCUUAUUAAGUUCUGCAGCUUUGUGAGCAGAAAUGGCCAUGCAUCUUGGGAAAGCCUCUUGGACAGUGCCCACCUGGGGUGUUGUGUGUGUGAAUGCCUCAUUUCAAGCUCACUUCCUGCUGCUGCAUGCAAGGGACAGGCAUGGGGCUGGAAGCAGGCAGCUGCUGCAAUCCGAGGUUGCUGGCAAAGGGAGAAGGAAAAUUCAAGGAUUGAGGCAGGGAGUGAUGCAGAGAGGCUGGUUACAGAAGCCUGGCUCUGAGCCCACUGGCCUAAACAGAAAGACUCCUGUGACCCCUGUGGGCUCUGACUGCCCUGCACGUGCUACUAACCCUGUCCCCUUACAGGAACUCGGCAGAACCCAUGAUGCAGUCCUUGGCUACUUGAGACACUCCUGGCUUGAAAGGCAAAGCAUAAUCAUGUAACACCCCAGGCUUUUCUCCUGUCUAUGAAUCCUCCUGCUUGUAGCAGACUGCAGAACUGGAAGUGAAAGCAUAUCAGGCUGCUGGGCUGGGGACAGCUCCUGGGCCUGAGAUGCACAUUGGCAAAGUCUCCAGGCUCAGCCAGAAGGAAGGGGUUAAUCCAUCCACCAUCAGUUGCAACCUCCAGUGUGUGUGGAAACAGUAAGAAUAAAAUGUUGAUUUGGGCUUUGGGCCAUAAUUGGG